UCAAGCCAUACACACGCACAGUACAGCAUUGUCUCCAUGCAAGGUUUGUUUGGACAACGGAUGAAUCCGAAAUUCCACCGAGACUCGGAACAGUCAAAGUACGGUGACCGCAACAUGACUCCUGUCAGGUCGGUCUGAGGCGACACGGCGAAGGGAAAGUGGUUCGACCAAAGGUUUAUGUUAGUUAAAGGAGGAGAAGGGAGGUUGGACAUGUUUUCCGGUUGUAACGUUUCAGCCUCGCUAGUAAUACGCUAGGCACCCGAGUUCUCCGACCAGCUUCAUUAGCUUAGCCGGCUAGCAAGCUAACGAGCUGAUGUAGCAGCGGUACACUCAAGGAAAUGCGGUGGGAGCUUGUCCGGGGGGCUUUGAUUUUGUUGAAAUUUUCAUUUUAGCACUGGUUACUGUGAAAUGCCGCGAGAGCUGUUGCGAAGUACUCAGAGCUUUGACAAGUUGAAGUGACAGACGAGGAGGUAACAGUGAGGUUGGAUUGCUCAGAGUUAUGAGCAGUUUCAACACUACAACCAAAACCUCCACUCUGAGCUCCUCUUUGAGCGCCGACAGUAAAGGCUCGCCGGUCAGCGUUAGCGCCACCAACAACAACAAGGAGUGGGAUUUGGGAAGCGAUGUGUUUUCGUGCUGUCACGAAAUGAGACCCAAGGGCGACACGAUGCAGGCAGGGAUGUCCUCAGUCCAGUCGGGGCUGGGGGGACACCUGCCGCUCCUGCACGCCAGACACCACAGCGCCCAGGGCGGGUUGCUGUUGGACCUGAGUUCCCCGGGAACCUACCUCGACAGCAGCUCUCUGGAGUACAGCGACAACGACGGGAACAACGCCGGUCCGUUGUUCGAGAGGAGGAAGAGGUCGAGGUCCAACAGCUCCAGACACCGCUUCAACGAGGUGGUCACGGAGCUCGGACCUGAGGAGGUGCGGUGGUUCUACAAAGAGGACAAGAAAACUUGGAAACCCUUUGUCGGGCAUGACUCGCUUAACAUUGAGCUUAUGUUUCGGAAAUACUACGAGUUUAACCACGGAGCAGGAGGCUCCCGGGUCAGCGGCGGGGAGGAAGAGAGCAGUAAUAGCUGUGUGGAGAGCAGAGGGCUGAACGGUGCAGUGCCGGUGGAGACGAGGACCAGCAGUGUGCACGGAGGCCGGGGGUCCCUGGACACAUCCACCGUGUCCUCAGAUGAGAGGGACCCUGACAACAUUGAAAUCAUUGUUGAGCCUGUGUGUGUCCGGGGAGGGCUCUAUGAGGUGGAUAUUAAAGAGAGGGAAUGCUAUCCUGUCUACUGGAAGCAACAAGACCAUAUAUCUGUGAUGAGAGGCCAGUGGUUUAUUGACGGUACCUGGCUCCCGUUAGAGGAAGAGGAGAGUGACCUCAUCGAGCAGGAGCACCUGAACCAUUUCCGGGGGCAACAGAUGCAGGACACGUUAGAGACGGAUUUGGUGGUCAGGACCGUCGAUAGCAAAGAUGUUCUCUCCCACCUGCCCCCUUUCUACCUCCCUUUUCUGUUCAAAUGGAGUGGAUAUCAGACGAGUGCUAAAACCACAUGUCACAAGCGCAAACGCUGUCAAGCCAUCCACAGUCUAAAGCUGAGUCGGACCCAUGUGGAUUGGCACAGCGUGGAUGAGGUCUACCUCUACAGCGAUGCCACCACUUCCAAAAUUGCGCGCACCGUCACUCAGAAACUGGGCUUCUCCAAAGCCUCCAGCAGUGGUACACGGCUCCACAGGGGUUAUGUUGAGGAGGCCUCACCUGAGGACAGACCCCCUCAGACUACACACAUUGUCUUUGUGGUCCAUGGAAUUGGACAGAAGAUGGACCAGGGACGCAUAAUUAAAAACACUGGAAUGCUGAGGGAGGGUGUAAGGAAGAUGGAGGAGAAGCACUUUUCAGAGAACAAUGAGGAGCAUGUGGAGUUCCUGCCUGUCGAGUGGCGCUCCAAACUCGCACUGGAUGGAGAUACAGUAGACUCAAUCACACCAGACAAAGUGAGAGGACUGAGAGAUCUCCUCAACAGCAGUGCUAUGGACAUCAUGUACUACAACAGCCCCCUUUACAGGGACGAGAUUACCAAGGGCCUAACACAGGAGCUAAACAGACUGUACACACUUUUCUGCUCCCGCAAUCCUGAGUUUGAGGAGAGGGGAGGAAAAGUGUCCAUAGUCUCUCACUCCCUGGGCUGCGUCAUCACCUAUGACAUCAUGACAGGGUGGGAUCCUGUGCGCUUCUGCCUUCAGGAGCAUCAAGCUGUGGAAGAGGAGCUGGACCUGCGCUGGAUGUCCUAUGAAGAGAGGCACCUUUUAGACCAGCUACGGCUCACGAGGAAUAGGUUAAAAGAACUGGAGAAUCAACUCCUCACACUGGAGGCCUCUAAACCCUCAGCACCCCCAGCUCUCAAAUUUAAGGUGGAGAACUUUUUCUGCAUGGGUUCUCCUCUGUCUGUGUUCUUGGCCCUGAGAGGCAUCCGCCCCGGUACCAGCUGCCACCAGGACCACAUCCUGCCCACCUCCAUCUGCAGCAGGCUCUUUAAUGUCUUCCAUCCCACAGACCCUGUGGCCUACAGACUGGAGCCCCUCAUCCUCAAACAUUACAGCAAUAUCACACCUGUUCAGAUACAUUGGUGUAGCGCCACGAACCCCACACCCUACAAUGAGAUCCGGCCAACCUUCCUCAACCCAGUCAAAGACCCAGCAUCUGACACUGAGAGCAUCCCCAGUCCGAGCACUUCUCCUGUUCUCCCCCGCAGGCACUAUGGAGAGUCCAUAACCAGUCUGGGCAAGGCCAGCAUACUGGGAGCGGCGAGCAUAGGCAAAGGUAUCGGAGGCAUCCUCUUCUCGCGUUUCUCCCGCUCCAACAGCCAACCUUCAGUGUCUUUAGGACUUGAGGGGGCAGCAAAUGCUGAGGAAGAGGAGCAGAAGCGGGCGGAAAGCCAGUCAGCAUACGGCCUCUCCACCAUGACUCAGCCCACCUCACCCACUACUGACACAUCAUUGGAGCUGGAGCGGCGCAUUGACUUCGAACUCCGAGAGGGUCUGGUGGAGAGUCGCUAUUGGUCAGCAGUUACCUCACACACGGGCUACUGGUGCUCACAUGACAUAGCACUCUUCCUGUUGACCUUCAUAUACAAGCAGAAGACACCCUCUGACCCGGCAGAAGACACUCCGGAGCCAGACUGAGACAGCGCACUCAUUACGACACACGCACUUGAAUGAUGUCUUAUAACCCUGAAAGGGUGUGUCAUCUUCUUGACAAGACACAAAAGUAGACAUCAUUCAUUUAUUUCUCAUGCACACGAACUGAUUAAAUACACUAACGCUCUUUCCGUAAUAUCCCUGUGAUCCAGCUUUUUUAACACUUGAAAAUCAUUACUGACAGACUGACAUCAAUCCAAGAUGUGUAUUUUUCUCUCUUUUUGUUUAGUUUGUACAUGGUUGUGCACCCUAAGGGUGACAGUGUUGGACCAGGAACCCCUAAGGAGGUGCACCCUUUGCCAGUAUGACAAAAAGUUACUUAAAAACUUGGAAUAAGAGUCUAAUAAGUUUGAUGCAUAGGAGUUUGUUUUACCCAGUGGAAGAGAGUUCUAACUUUGUCUCAGAGUCUUUGACCUUAAGCAGCAGCUGCAGCCUCUUGGUAAAGUGUCCAUAUGUUUGCUGUUAAUUCACACGUCUAUCCAGGCUCCCUCCCAGUGACUCAGUCUGGAGCCUUGUGACACACUUGCCUGACUCUCCUUUACUGAGGCUUUCGGUUCUGUGAUCUUUCUAAGUUCGUCUCUGACAUGAAGGAGAGAGAGAUAUAAUUGUCAAAAGCAGUAUUAUUAUCUUUAAUAUAAAACCUUUAGCUACUGCAUCUCAAAAACUUAAUGUUAACCCUCUAAAUGCAAUGCCUUUCAAAAUUAGCCAAACAAUGUUAUACCUGAAAAAUAUUUCUAUUUAGUUUUUGUGAACAAAAACUGAGGGCAUUAUUCCUUUAACAAUGUUUUUGGAAGUAUCUGUGUAUACUACAACAGAAUUUGCUUUGAUGUUUAGUUUUCAGUAACUAAACAGCAACAAUUUCGUAAAGUUUAAGUAUUACGGAUAAAAUGUCUGUUACAGCAGUUACAACUUCCCUACAGGACAUCAUUAGUUUCCAUGUGACAUAAAUGCACAGAGGUUUACAGACACAUAUGUCUUUUAUCAUGUUACUCAUAUCUACAUUCUUAAACAAGGCGCGGGCAUGUAAAGUUAUUUUCGUACGGAUUAAGAAUGCAGAUCGCAGUCUGAAAAAUUUCUUGACGAUGUCAUUUACUAAACAAGAGGCCUCACUCAAAACAAUCACACUCAUUCAAACUCAUUUCCCUCCUCCUCUAUUAAGGAUGAGGUAUAGAGAGAAUUUUCUGUGCUCAUAACUUUAUAUUGUUAUCCAGAUGAAAUAAGUGGUACUGGAUGUAUUUUUUUCUUUGAAAAAAAAAAAAAAGGAAGAAAGAGAGAAAUAUUUUUCAUGGUGAUUUUCAGGCUUUUGUGGGUAUAAACCUGGAUCUCAUCUUGGGAAAAUGGGAUUCAAACUUGUGGCCAAAUAACAGUUGCGCGUCUAGCUUGUUAGCUGCUCGGCUUUCGUAAUAGUAUGGUUAACUUACAUUCCAUGAAAAUGUAAUUGGCCUAGUCUGCUUUUUUUAUUUUGUGGUUUUUGUGAUACAAUGCACACAAAAGUUAAUUGCAUGUUGUUCGCCUUUUAUGUGAAUUGGUAAAAGUAAUUCACACUUUCCCCUUUUGAGCAAUGGAUAUGUCAGGCACUCUUUUUAUUUGUCUAAAAGAUGGGCUUCUUUAGGCUUGAAAACCUGUGUGUUUUCCAGUCACUACACAUGCGAUUGCUUAAUUGACACUACUUGCAAAUUUACUCCCAAAAAGAAAAAAUAUGGACAACUAGAGACAGCAAAUCAUGUUUUUCGUUUUCCAAAAAUGACUUUUGCUGGUUAUCAUGACUUAUAUUCUUUCUACUGUGGUCCUUUUAAAAACACACCCAGUAGUAAUUAUGCAGAAAUUAGAAAUCUUACUCACUUUGCAUGGUGUCAUAUUAAUAGUAAAUGGAUGUUGGAACAAGAAGACAUUGCAGACAGUGCCAACACACAUCUAAGAAACUGCUUUGUGGUCUUUCUUGAAUAGAAAACCACUUAUGAUUGAUUGUCUAUGGAUGUCUUACGAAAUCAUUUAUCAGAUGAGUGCAAUGGAUGAAAAAAUGGAACUACCCUCAGAUUAUUGUUAAUGGAGUUACAAAGUACAUAUUUGAUUACUGUCAGUGUCAAAUUUCCUUCGGGUUCUACUUGUUAUAGUGUCAUAGUUAUCGAAAAGCUCAUUUGAAUUUGCUAUGGUGCAAGCUGCUGAUUUUCUGUUCCACACAAUCAAGGGCUGCUAUUGACUGGUCCAUCGCUGAACUGAAUCAAUUAAUGGGUGUUAAAUGUCUGUGUUAUGUGUGCGAAGGCCUACUGACUGAAACCAGGCUGCCUUUCAGAUAACCAGAUAGGUGACUGGGAAGUAAUACGGAAGCAGGCACAAAUAAGGGAGAGUGAUAUGUAAGUAUUUCUACAUUUGACCUAGUGGAUCUUGGAACAUUCACCGGCUAUGAAUUGCACAGAAAUGAUUUAGAAAACAGCCCAUUGUUGAUUUUUAUUUAUUCAUUUUUUCAUUUGUUACAUUACAGCAAUAGAAGGCAUGUGUAACAUGUUACGUGGACAGCGGGAAUGCUAGUUACCCUGGAAACCUUAGACACGUAUUCCAAAAUACAAAAACAGUUCCGACGUUGCCUCACACUGUGUGGAUUCAGACACAGCAAACACAUCUUGUAGGAGUGUGGACAGACGCAUGUAACAAUAACAACAAUGUUCCUGGCAGAGUUUGUGAUCUGGCAGAGAGUUCCCAAAUUGUAUGUGAAAUUUGCAUAUUUUCCAUUAGAGCAAUUCUUGAUUCAUGGACAGAUUUUCAACUGUUAUCACUCAUGCAUGCUAAAAAAAAAAAAAAAAAACAAAACAAAAAAAAAACAUCUAAACUGGAGAGCAUUUAAGAGAUUUUUUUUCAAGCUAUAUUGUACUUUUGACUGCACGAGCAUCUAACGCACAGCAUUUUGAAUGAUGACAGGUUUUUUUCUUGUUUUUUGUUAAAGGCACCACGACUCAUCAGGGAAAUGUCUAUACUGUACAUUUUAUGUAGGUUCAACACUCUUGUUGACACCAAUUUGAAGCCAUUAUUAAGUCAGAGGAUCAAGUGCUGUCACAGGUGUGUCGCCAGUCUUUAAAAUGUUCAGAUGUUAAUAAAGAAGGGCCUGCAGCCAUAUAUAAUCAGACAUUGGGUGAGAAAGCAAAAUGCACAUUGAAACUUAUUGUGGGAGUUUUGACUGAAAAAUGUGUUAAACUUGUGUCAGGUACCACUGUUGCUCUAACUUUGAAUGGAUGUCUGGCAAAAGUGUUUUUUUGUCUGUCCCUAGAGCUGUGCAAUAACCCAUGCCUGUAAUGGAUUCUAACUGCCAUCCAA